CGAUAAGCUAUCGGCAUGCGAGUUGCCAGACGUUGGACAAGCACGUGUUGCCGGCUGAUUGAAUAAAUAAAACGCGCAACAUAUUUAACAAAUAAUAUUUGGCAAUAAGAUGGCGCGUGGCAAGAAACAGAAUCCCUUUGCAGCUAGAAAGCGCCAAAAACGUGAGAACGGUGGAAACGAGCGCCCUGAUCGGCGUGCCGAACCGUACCAGGAGAUACAGCGCGACAAUGAGUUCUUUAUAAAAUACUAUCACUUGCAAAAUAUUUGCGCCAACGAGCAGGAGUGGGAACAGUUCCUUGCCAGCAUACGCAACAAUCUGCCAACGACUUUCCGUGUGACAGGAUUUAAAGAUGAAGCUAAAGCGCUGCUGAAGAUCAUUGAAACACAGCUGUUUACGGAAUAUGUGCGCGCAGUAGCUGAGCUGAACGAGGUGCCAGCGGAGCAGGUGGAACGUCCACUCUGUCUGCCUUGGUAUCCCAAUGGGAUGGGCUAUCAGCUGCACUUAACGCGUAAGGACAUACGACGCUCGGAGCCAUUGUUUCGUCUGCACAACUUUCUCAUAGUGGAGACCACAGCAGGUAGUAUAAGUCGGCAGGAGGCCGUCUCCAUGAUACCACCACUGGUGCUGGAUGUCCAGCCAACGGACAAAGUGCUGGAUAUGUGCGCAGCGCCUGGCUCCAAGACAGCACAGCUUAUAGAGGCGUUGCAUGCGUCUCCGGAGCAGCACAAAAUACCGCCUGGCUAUGUGAUGGCCAAUGAUGUGGAUAACAACCGCUGCUAUAUGCUGGUGCAUCAGGCCAAGCGCCUCAACUCGCCCUGCCUGCUGGUGACCAAUCACGACAGCAGCUUCUUUCCCAAUAUGCUGCAGACCGAUGCUGCCACCGGUAACAAGUCCAUACUUAAGUUUGACAAAAUACUGUGUGAUGUACCCUGCUCGGGUGAUGGCACUUUGCGCAAGAAUCCUGACAUUUGGAUGAAGUGGAAUCUAGCGCAAGCGUACAAUCUGCAUGGCGUGCAAUAUCGCAUAGUACGGCGUGGAGCCGAAAUGUUGGCCGUAGGCGGUCGCUUGGUAUACUCCACCUGCUCAUUGAAUCCGAUUGAGAACGAGGCAGUGCUGCAGCGCAUCAUUAAGGACUCGGAAGGCGCCCUGGAGCUGGUGGAUGCAGGGCAUCUAGUGCCAGGACUGAAGUACAAGCCAGGCAUGACUACAUGGAAGCUGGCCACCAAAGAGGUGGACACCAUAUUCAGCAACUUUGACGAGGUACCCGAGAGCUUGCACACAAUCAUACGUCCGGCCAUGUUCCCACUGCCUGCAGCAGAUAUGGCUACGAUUGGCAUGGAGAAAUGUAUUCGAGUGUUGCCACAUUUGCAGGACAGCGGUGGAUUCUUUGUGGCCGUCAUUGAGAAGCGACGUGCGCUCAACUUUGAGAAGAACGAUCUGCAGGAUUUGCUGCAGCAACAGGAGCAGCCCGAGCCCGAGCCACAGCUGGACGAGCAGGGUAAGCCUGUUGAGGAGCCAAAGUCGGCGCCUUGGGGACCGCAGCGCAAGCGACGACGCCUGCACGGCUACAAGGAAGACCCCUAUGUAUUCUUCGAGCAGGACGACGCCGACUAUGAGAGCAUCAAGCAGUUCUAUCAAAUGGACGAUGCGCUCAACAAGCGCUGCCUGCUCACACGCUGCCAAACGGAGCGUAAAAAGAACAUUUACUUUUGCUCCGAGCCCAUACGCGAUCUGGUGAUCAACAAUGAAAAGCGCAUCAAGAUUAUCAACACGGGCGUCAAGACUUUUGUGCGCUGCGAGAAUCGUCACACCGAACAUCCAUAUCGACUGGCCCAGGAGGGUCUACAGACAUCGAAUGCCUUCAUUGGCAGCAGCCGUCGCAUUGAGGUCGAGCGCGACGAUCUUGUCCUGCUGCUCAACUGCACCGAUCCCACCAAGCCGCCGUCCACGCAUGACAUGCAGCCAGAGACGCAGCAGCGCUGCAAGGAGCUGGGAGUGGGCAGCUGUGUUCUUAAGUAUGUGGACUCGGCGUUUACGCUAUAUAUUGUCGGCUGGCGCGGCACCUCCAGUCUUCGCGCCUACGUAGAUCGGGAUGAGACCAUUCAUAUUCUACGCCUGCUUGGCGCCGACCUCAGCAAAUUCGAAGUCAACAAAUAUGAAAAGGCCAAGGAGGCAGCCGCUGCAGCAGCGGCAGCGUUAGCAGCAGCAGCUGGCGAGGAUGCUGAUGCGGCUGCGGAUGCUGUUGAGGUGGCCGUGGAGGCAACCGAGCAAAUGGAAAGCUAGAUGCGCAUUCCGAUUCAUCCAAUAUUUAGCAUUUAGUAAACUAAUUCGAAAGAAUGCGUUGACUACACACUUAUUAAAUCAUUAAUAAAACACAGUUUAUAAAAUAU